AAAGAUAAAAAUAUACAAAACUAAGGGAGUUUGACUGAGUUAUAUAAGAGUGACUCCAAAGGAGUUUCAAAGAUUUUUAUCAAUCUUUUCAUCCAUCAGAAUACCUUGAUUCCCAGACAAUGGAAUAACAAGUUUACCUUUUGUUUCAAUGACAAUCAAAUUAAACCAAAGUGUAAUGUUUACCAAGUGACAAGUUUAACCACCAACCUAACCGACAGCAAACCCAAUAACAAUAAUGACUAAACGCUGGCUUUUCCGUCAAUAUAUUACUCUUAAACGAUUCCGGUGUUUCAAAGAGUUAAUGUUGUGCUUUUUCUUAAUGACAUGCAUGUUUCUAUUGUCAAUAGUUAUCCUUGAUUCAUCUUCACAUUUAAUCUUCUCAAAAGGUCAUCAUGAGUUAAAUCAUCAAACGGAUAACUCACUUGGGACAAGUUAUCAUUAUGUUACUCACGAGUCUUGGCUCAGUUUUGGUUCAUCUUCAUCAAUGGGUUCAAGUGAAACAUCAUUAAACCCACUAACCAAUGGUAACACCGCUUAUAUCAAUGACAAAUCUUCUUCUUCUUCCUCCUCAUCACUAUUGUCACCAUCAUUUUGGUCUUCCUCGUCAUCUUCAACUUCCCAACUAGUCAAGCCCAACUAUGCCAAUUCAACCUUCAAUUUGGGCGUUAAAAUGUUUCAACCAAAAAUUUACUCACUUCUCAAAAAGCUCAAUUCCAAGAUGGAAUCAGUGAGUUUAAUGAACAAAACUCGCCUUGCAAUAAUCAGAAGUUCAAAUACAAUUGGCUCAAAGGAUAUUUCAAUUUAUAAAUGGGCGCUGAGAAAACAUGGUUUCCUCAUUGAAAUGGAUAACAUGAAAAACAAAGUCAACAAAAUGAAUUCACAGGAGAAUGAUUCUGCUUGGAACUUUCUCAUCUGUCUUGAUUACAGUGGUUCUGAUGAUGAUUUUAGCUGUUUCAAUGCGAAAACUGAAGGGUCCAGUUAUCAGAAAAGGGACGGAAUUCCAGGUUUAAAAGGUUUACUUGGAACAAAAGAAUCUUUUUGCUCAACAAUUCACGAAAUUCACAAAAUUUCAACCAUGAAGAAUCCAUUCUCACCAUUAUGCUUUAUCCUUCCACAUCAAUAUCAAGCAUUUCUUGAUGUUUCCGAUGCUCUUGGUUAUUCAGCUUCAUGGGCUUUCCACACUGAAAUCGAUCGCCAGUCCAUUAAUAUUUUUACCGAUGAAGGGCGCAAUAAACUUCGAGAUUAUACUUUACAGUCUGGAAUUAUUCAGCAAACAAUUAGCAAUCCAUUAACACUGUUUGGAUCAACUUUAACAAUCAGAUUGUUCAUCGCAAUCACUUCAAUUAAUCCAUUAAGAGCUUAUAUUCACAAAGGUGGCUUAGUUUAUUACACAGUCAAUCAUACGAAAUCGGAUAAAACAUUUGAAAAGGUUAAUGGACAUUUAUGGACAUUGGACAAUUUCUGGGAUUAUAUGACCAUAAAUUAUGGCGCAAAUAAUGUCAGCUAUGCUCAAUCUUCAAUAAAGAACCAUUUAACUCAAUUUUUAUUAAUAACUGAAGCUCUUCUCUUGGGUCAAAUGUCAUCUUUAACCGAAUUAAAUCAUCAAAGUUCAUCAUCUUCAUCCUAUUCAACUGCCAGUCUGGAUAAUGAGAAGAUAUUUGAAUCAACAGUUUCUUUACUUGCAUUUGAUGUCACUUUAAAUUCAAGUCUAGACUCGUGGAUCCUUGGUGUCUCAAUGGGAUCACAAUUACAGAAGGCUAAUCACCCUGAAAAUGGUUUCUUAUUUAAUAAGCUUUUGAGAACAAUUUAUGAUGAUUAUUUGUCACUAAUUACCGCAACAACAACAACAAACUCAUUUAGCAACUCCGUCCAAAUUGAAUCGUUAAAUGUUGUCAAUGAAGUUUACUCGACGCUGAUUAAAGUUCUAAAUCAAGAUAAUGUUGGUUUAAUGGGACUCAAUUGUCAUAUAACUCACGAUGUUUGCCUAAGUUCAUCCGAUUUAACUUACCUUUUAAACUGGAAAAGUGAGGAAAAGCUCAAUUCCAAUGGUUUCCAGUGUCUCUAUCCGACCCUGGAAAGUUCACCUUUUAUCAAACUGAUUGAAGAAACUAGCAGUAAAAUUGUGAAAACCAAAUUAGAAAAAGGUAGAAACAGUUUAAUGGUUCACAGAACAUGGGAUUUACAUGCAUUUCUUAUGCAAAUGGACAUUGUAUCAAGGCGAAUAAAAGAUGAGCAAAACUUUCCCUCACAACUAAACUCCAAUCCAAUGAACCAUCAACAACCAACUUCACCCAACUUCACCUCACCGAUUGAUUCAACAGCCUUUUGUAAUCAAGAUGAAUCUUCUUUACCCUACAUUUCCUCGUUGAAAAUCAAUCCAACACUAAACUUGAAUCCUGCAUUUUCACCUCAAAUCACUCAAUACUAUGCCAAUGUUACUCAUGAUAUUUUGAUUAUAACCGUUUAUGGUGCAGCAAUGCAUUGCUCAAGUGAAGUGCGAGUUGAAGGUAAAUUUGGACCGUCAAGGCCAACAAAUUAUACUCUAGGCUUGGGAAUCAAUAAAGUUGCUCUCGUUGUUGUUGAUGUUUCCCAAGCUGAACCAAUGGUCAUUAAUACGUACAAUGUUUACAUUAAUCGAUUGCCAUUGACCAGUUUAAAACUCGAACCAACCAAGAUGCAUAAAGUCUGUCAUCUUAACCAGGAUUGUGAUUUAACUGUUUAUCCGCAUGAAAAGUGUGGUCUGAUUGGAGAUGGUUUCAGUUGGUUCAGUCAUUUAGAGAAACGAAAAUCCCUGUCAUCGUGUUCAUCAGGGAGUGAACCAGGUAAAUGGUCAAUUCCCUGUUUAUCAUGUAAACAAAAGUCUUCAUGCAUCUGGAGUUCAUCAAGAUGGCAACCUGAUUCAUGUGAAUAUGAUCAAUACGAUUCAAUGCAGUUAUCCAAGUGCCUUUCAGGUCGAAAGAUUUUGUUCAUUGGUGAUUCAACUAAUCGAGGUCUUAUGAAUUAUCUGAUGGAAAAAUUGAAUGGCUCUUUAAGUGAUGGUAACAAGACACACGAGCUUCGGAUCUAUGAUAAACUGAAUCAGGGUAAAACGUUAAUUGGCUUCAAUUAUUACCCAAAAUUUUGGCUUCCAUCAUUUAAAAGGUUAACCUUUGAUAAAACUGUUCACGAGCUCAUUGAAAAAGCUCUUCCACUGGCAAACACAAGUGAUACUGUGCUGAUAUUUGGAGGUGUUCAAUGGUUGGCAUCUCAGCACAUUAAUUUACUCCUUCAAAGCCUUUCAAGCCUUCAACUAACAGGAAUAAAGGUUAUCAUGAAAACUUUGGGCGCUGGUUUCCAUCAGAAAAUUGACGGAAUUCAUUCAUUAUCUUUGGAUGAACAGCAAAAACUGGCGCUACAUAAUCAACGAUUAAUUGAACUGGCCGAGAGUCACAAUAUAGCCGUUGUUGAUACUUAUAAUAUGACCAUUUCCCGUUACAAGGACUUCUAUCCUGGUAAAUGUUUGUGCCACUUUCAUCAGGUUGUUCCAAUUCAAGAGAUUAAUCAAUCUGGACAACCGUGGACUCGAUAUCAUAUUGAGGGUGAUAUAAAUGCAGCUUGUGGAGAGAUAUUGAUUAACCUUUUGUGCCAAAAUAAAACACUCAAUUGAUUUACACUUAUUUUGACAAAAAAAAACAGCGUCGUCUAUUAUAUUGCCAAUAGUAAGACGAGAGUACUAUUUAAAUUAUCCUAGCACUAUUUAUUCUAGGGCUAGAGUUUCGAUACUAAUAGAUGGCUCUGAUUUUUUGGUCAAAAUAAGUGUGAAAACUUUUCACUGAAAAGACUGUUUAGUAAAAAAUUUGUACUUGUAUUUGUUAAUGUCAAAAAUGUACAGAAAUGUUUUAAAGAAAGAUUUCAAUGUUAACGCUCCAUCUUAUAUUUAUCGUGUUAUUCAACUGUAAAUUUGUUCAAUCUUCAAAUAUUUUCCAGUUUUCUCGAUCCACUAAUAUAAAAUCUUAAUCGGAAUUGAUUUCAAGGGCCAUUUCUGUAUCCAAUUUGAAUAUUGAAAACAAUAUGAUAAUUGACGGUGACGAUGAAACUCGAGAUGCUAUCAGUAACGGUCCCUGUGAAACUGGACAAGCAUUACCAAGGAAAAGGCGUAAAGUGAGAAAUAGUCCACCCCAGUCUCUACAGUCUCAACAGCGACCCACUAUUGGUGAUAUCAUUGAAAGAUUAGCUCAAGAACAACAAGCUCGAGAAAGAGUAAAUGUUGAACAUGAGUCUCUUAAUGGAGAAAAUAAGGUUGUUCCAAUUCAAGAGAUUAAUCAAUCUGGACAACCGUGGACGCGAUAUCAUAUUGAGGGUGAUAUAAAUGCAGCCUGUGGAGAGAUAUUGAUUAACCUUUUGUGCCAAAAUAAAACACUCAAUUGAUUUAUAGUCAAAAAAUUUGUACUUGUAUUUGUUAAUGACAAAAAUGUACAGAAAUGUUUUAAAGAAAAAUUUCAAUGUUAACGCUCCAUCUUAUAUUUAUCGUGUUAUUCAACUGUAAAUUUGUUCAAUCUUCAAAUAUUUUCCAGUUUUCUCGAUCCACACACGAUUUCUACAUGCAGUCACAUGUUUUUUGAUGAUUUUAAACUUGACACUUGUAACGUUUAACGCUCAUUAAAACAUGAAUAUGCUCAUGAAGUGAGCAGUUUUGCUUGUAACAAGAGUGCAUAAAUUCAAAUGACGCGCUUCUAGUUAUAGAGACCAUUGAGUGUAAACACAUAGCAUAAGUCACAGCUUCUCAGCGCUCUUAUUAAAGUUACAUAUCACCGCGUUUUAAUCAUUGAGUUAUUUUGAUUUAAGCGUUCAUCUUGUCACCUUGAUUUCAGUUCAAGUUUCUGAUUGAAUUAAACAAGUUAUUACCUAAUUAAGAAUCAAUGGCUGGUCUUACAUGAAGUUGUUAUGGCGGCAAAUUCUGAGCUAAAUUGUGUCACCUGUCAAUCAGAAUUAUCAUUGGAUCAAGGAUUCCUGAUACACAAGUGUUUAGCUUGUUAUUGUAAAACAUGUUCCAAUAUUCCUGAUUGUGUCUCAUGUAAAAUGAAUAUUUUCGACGCUGACUUUAUUCAUUUUGACAAGCUUGAAUCUUGCCAUUUUUACAAUGAAUGCAAGAGUCGUGCUACCAUGAAAUGCUCAUGCAUCAAUAAAGCUAUUUGUGGACAACACCUCAUCAAUAUCCAUGCUGAUGUUCCCGGUAAAAAAUGUGAACCUGAAACUUUACAUGGUAAUUACAUGGGAAUUAUGUGUUGCAAGUGUAACAAGCUUUUCGCAAGAUACGUUAACAGAAACAAUCAACAAGAGAUAUGUGUAUCCUGUUUUCAUGACGCAGAUAGCAAUGAUUUUGUGCCCAAGGAUUUAUUGACCUAUGAAAACUUUAAGAGCAAGUUAAAACUGAUUAAUAAUGCUCUAGAUAAGAAUAUCGAGAUGAACAAGACUCGAGUUGUUGAAUUUGAAAAUUCCAUGAAACAGAAAAAGAAGAUUACUGAUGAGGCUCUGAACCGUCUUUUGAAGCUUAAUAAUCAAUGUAAUCAUGAGAACAUGGAAAAACAUAUUCAGAUGAAAUCUUUAAAUAGUGAAGCUGUUGUUGCAGCCAACAAAAUCAAGAAUCUAAAUAUGAAUGAUAUCUUAAUACAAGCAGCAAGAAAUAAACAAAUUGAUAUCAAUGUAACACUGGAUAAAUGGCAAACAUGGAUGAAAGAUCGUGUACGAAAACUUGAAAAUCCUAGUGUUUCAUGUAUUUCAAUUGAAUUUAGGGAAGACCAAGGAACAAGCGUUGCACAUAAAAUUAUAGUUAGACAGGAGCAACAUCUAGGUACUUGUAAUUUUGAAUCAUGUGAUCCUGAUAACAAUAUGAUAAUUGCCGGUGACGAUAAAACUCAAGAUGCUAUCAGUAACGGUCCCUGUGAAACUGAACAAGAAUUACCAAGGAAAAGACUUAAAGUGAGAAAAGGUAAGGUUUGUCGUAGGAGAGUUAUAAGAAAUGGAGGAAAUAAGCCUCAGCCCCUGCCUCUACAACCUAAUCCUGCGCCACAAUUACCAUUCAAUCGAGGAUUCGUGGAACAUGUUCGAGAACGCCUUGCAUCUCCUCAGCCACAACCGUCAGCUUUAGUUCCACCUCAGUCUCCACAGUCUCAACAGCGACCCACUAUUGAUGAUAUGAUUGAAAGGUUAGCGCAACAACAAGCUCGAGAAAGAGUAAAUGUUGAACAUGGAUCUGUUAAUGGAGGAAAUAAGGUACGAUUAAAGCUAUCCAAGCCAAGCAUCCCUAUAAAAGAAGAACCUUUAGAGCCUAAUGAUGCAUCUGAUGUACAAGCUAAAUCAGGACCAGAUAAUACUACUGAAGAAGAUAUUUGUGCAUUAUGUGUUCGAAUCAAACCAGUCGGUCACUCUGGUACCUGUUCAAUUGAUUGGAUAGCAUGUGAUUUUUGUCCCAAAUGGUUCCAUCAAACAUGUGUUGUUAUGCCGCCAGGUUUUAAUAAGAAACGUGACAAGUUUAAAUGCGACAGUUGUAAAAAGAAGACUCAUUAAUUUUUCCAAAGCCUCAGAAAUUGCUUAAUGCCCAGCCAAAUUGAUUUAGCUUAAAUUAAGUUUAAAUUGUUCAUUUUUUUACGUAUGUAUGCCUUCAUCGACUGAGUUGUUAUGCAUUAUUCAAUUUUGGUAUAAAAGGAAUAAAAAAAAUUUUUAUAAUA